CUCUCUUUGAUCUUUUCUUUGCCUGUACUUGGUGUGUCUUUACCCCAUUCAUUGGAAUUCAUGCUCUUUUGACAAGAUGUGGAAGCAAAGAUUCUGUCUACAGCAGUUACAGGCCACGGACAGUACUCGCAAGGUCUUUAGUAGCCUUGUCGAUGUUACACAAACGAGCUGAGAAUCAGGCGUGCCAUAUCUUAGCCUGGACUUCAAUCACACCGGCUUCACUUCGAGCCGAGAAAAUGCCCAAACAAGUCAUCUAGAGAGCAUAGCAGUAAUGCCUCAGGAUCAGCGCCAUCACCACGGUGCUACUUGGUCGACCUGCAGCAGUUCUCCAGAAUCACAAAUACCGAGAACUAUAGCACUCAUCCAGCUCGAGACAUAAAAGGCUCGUACCAGCCCAUACUUCGGAUGCCUUCUCCCUCAUCAACAGCUUCAUCACUCAUUGACUACUCUACUAUCUCUUGAAGCAAUACAGCUUAAAAGAACCAACUCAGCCUUCACGAUGCGCUUUACAUCUUUCGCCAUUACCACCGCCUUCCUGGCUACCAUGAUCUCUGCUACUCCAGUGGCUGAGCCUGAGCCCAACCCUGUUGAACUUGCUGCUCGAGCCAAGUACACCAUCCACUGUAGUGGUGGUCUCAACCCUGAUUCGCACUGCUUGACACCUCAUUCCAAGUGUGACUCUUACGGCACGUACCUGGUUGAGUCUGGCUACAAGGAGCAGUGCAAGAAGUGUGGCUGCGCGAAAGAGUAGAUCUUUCAUCAUGGAGAAGUAUAGUAUGAACAGAAGCUGAGUUUGGGAAGGGGUAUGAAGAAUGAUAAGGAAUGUUUGAGGGAGGAUGUGCUGGUCUACAUGGGAAGAUCUCUGUGUGUGAGAGGACUGCUUGUGAUAAAGAACAGUGGAUAAAUUGUUUGGCUCAAAACUUAUGUUGUAACCCAGUG